AUGCGUCUGUUCGGUCCCUCUUUCGCCUCUGUGCCCCCCUUCCUCUUGCUGGUGCUGCUGGUGCUGCUGGUCAGCUCACUGCCCUCCGUCGUCGCCAUCCCCGCCGGGUCCAGCAUUGCUCCUCCUCCUCCGCCCGUCGAGCCCAUCCAACUGCUAUCCCAGAAGUCGGAUCCGCGACGGCCAUGGAUCCGCCUGCGUGACUGGGCCAUUGAGCGGCUCUGGGGGGUUCCGACGCGGUCUCCCGCCGACCGCAAGGAUGCUUUCUCGCGCUCCCCUUUGCCGCCAUCCAACGUGCUCGCCCGCUACGGUAGCGACGUCGUGCUGCGCUUUCGCUUGAGUACUGUGGAAGAGGCUGCGGCGUUGGCCGAGGCCGUUGAUAUUCUGUUUCUAGACAUGUGGGCCUCGACCCCGCAGUUUGUCGACAUUCGGCUUGCGGAAGAAGUGAUUCCUUCUUUGGUCGGUCUCCUUCCGGACUCCCUUCGCUCCGCCCAUACACGUAUCAUUGAUAAUCUCGCCGAGAGGAUCUACGCCUCGUAUCCGACCCGACGAACCCCCGGGCUAGAGGACCACCAGGGCGAGUUCGUCCGCUCCGCCCGCCCGCCCUCCUCCUCCUCCUCCUCCUCCUCGUCCGAGAUGAGCGAUCCCUUCUUCCGUGAAUACCAGCCGCUGUCCGUGAUUGUGUCGUGGAUGCGUCUGAUGGCCUCGAUGUUUCCUUCGCACGUCCAAAUGACCCGCGUGGGCGUCUCGUACGAGGGCCGCGACAUCCCUGCCCUGAGGAUCGGCGCGGCGUCGAAUAUGGAAGAAGAAGCGCAGGAGGGGGGCAAGGGGAAACAAGGGCGCGCCCCCCCGCGCAAGACGAUCGUCAUCACCGGCGGCUCCCACGCGCGUGAAUGGAUCAGCACGUCGACGGUGACGUUCAUUGCGUCGAAGCUGAUCUCCCGCUACGGCACCUCCAAGUCCAUCACGCGCCUGCUAGACGAGUUCGACUGGGUGCUGGUGCCCACCAUCAACCCGGACGGCUACGUCUACACGUGGGAGUCGGACCGCCUGUGGCGCAAGAACCGCCAGCCGACCAGCCUGCCCUUCUGCCCGGGGGUCGACCUCGACCGCUCCUUCGGCUACGAGUGGGACGGCGAGGCCGUACGCUCCAAUCCUUGCUCCGAGAGCUACGCGGGCACCGAGCCCUUCGAGGCCGUCGAGGCCCAGCAGCUCGCCCAGUGGGCCCUCAACCAGACCCAUCUGAGCGGCUCCGCAGACAUCGUCGGCCUCCUCGACCUCCACUCCUACUCCCAGCAGAUCCUCUACCCUUACUCCUUCUCUUGCUCCUCCGUCCCCCCCACCCUCGAGAGUCUCGAGGAGCUGGCCCUAGGCCUCGCCAAGGCCAUCCGCCACGCCACCCACGAGAUCUACGACGUCACCUCCGCCUGCGAGGGCACCGUCACCACCACCACCACCACCUCGCAGGAUACCAACAGUAAUCGAGACAAACCUCCUUUCCCCCUCGGCGACUCCUCCGGCGGCAGCGCCCUGGACUGGUUCUACCAUCACCUUCACGCCAAAUACGCUUACCAGGUCAAGCUCCGCGACCGCGGCAGCUACGGCUUCCUCCUGCCGGCAGAGUACAUCAUCCCCACGGGCAAGGAGAUGGUCAACGCCGUGAUCAUGUUCGGCGAGUUCCUCCUGGGCACCUCUUCCAGCGCGGCGGACCUUGAAGCAGAGUUCUACACCCAAUCUACCGAGCACGUCGACCCUCUCCAAGACCAGGACCUGGAUAUCGGAGUCGACGACUUGUUCGCAGAGACGGAGCACAUGUUUGAGCUUAGGCGAAGAAGGAGGUGAAGGAGGGGGAAAAAGGUCCAUUUUGAAUUACCAAUUGAUGUGAUAUGAGGCGUUGGUUUAGAUUUGGAUUAGAUUUGGAUUUUGGGGUUGGUGUAUAGAAAUUGUAUAUAUUGGCGAAGCGUAUUUGUUGGAUGACUGGAAUCUAAUCUUUCUUCAUACUAUCCUGCUAUUGAUGAUCUUGUAAAAGGAUAAGCUAGUGAGAAGUAGCAGACUAAACAAUAUGAUAAGGCGCACGCUUCUGGUUGAAGCCCAACCGCCACAUUCCCUCUCCACCAGACUUCUUCUCUAGGACCUCAGGAGGCUGGGAAUAAGAUACCACAGAGCCGUGUGCUUUCUGUGCAAGACUAGUCGUGCUGGUUGUAUGACUGACAACAGGGCCGCCGCCAUCGCCUCCCUUGACAAAGUGGUUCCAAGUCUUCCUGGCGUAGUCGAAGUAGAAGGCGAAGAAGAUGAUGACCAGGCCUAGUCCAAU